AUGGCUAACAGCGGUGCCCAAAUGUCGACCCCAAUUAGAGCUCCGGCAUGGGUCUCGACGAGAAGACUGUUCGAGCAAAAGUUGCAGGAGCUUCACAAAUGUACAGACAUAGCCCACGUAAAGCAGGUUCACGCCCAGAUAAUCAAGCAGAAUCUCCACACAGACCUCUACGUAGCUCCAAAAUUGAUAUCGGCAUUCUCGCAUUGUCAUCACAUGAAGCUCGCUCUCAACGUCUUCAACCAAGUUCGGCACCCCAAUUUGCAACUCUACAACACUCUGAUUCGAGCUCACGUCCGCAACUCCCAACCUUCCAUGGCGUUCGCUGCUCUCCUCGAGAUGCAGCAAAAUGGAAUGUUUCCUGAUAAUUUCACUUACCCUUUUCUUCUCAAAGCUUGUAAUGGAGAGCCCUGGUUGCCGGUUGUGCAGAUGAUACAGGGUAGUUUGGAGAAGGUUGAAUUUUUCGGUGAUAUUUUCGUGCCCAAUUCGUUGAUUGAUAGCUACUCCAAGUGUGGUGCUUUGGGAAUUCAGUCUGCGAUGAGGUUGUUUAGGAGUAUGGACAACAGAGAUGUAGUUUCUUGGAAUUCUAUGAUUGGUGGGCUGGUGAGAGCAGGGGAUCUGGAUGGUGCACGUGAUCUGUUCGAUGAAAUGCCUGUGAGAGACGCGAUUAGUUGGAACACGAUACUAGAUGCAUAUGUGAAGGCCGGAAAGAUGAACGAAGCAUUUGAGUUGUUUGAGAAAAUGCCUGAAAGGAAUGUUGUAUCAUGGUCCACGAUGGUCUCAGGUUACAGUAAAGCAGGGGAUAUGCAAAUGGCUAGAAUGCUGUUUGAUAAAAUGCCGACCAAGAAUAUGGUUUCUUGGACUAUACUCAUAUCUGGGUAUGCCCAAAAGGGGCUGGGGCAGGAUGCAGUAAGUUUGUAUUCUCUAAUGGCGAAAUCUCGACUUAUGCUUGAUUCGGGGGCUGCUGUUAGUAUACUGGCUGCUUGUGCAGAGUCUGGUUUGCUUGGACUGGGGGAACGAGUUCAUGCCUCUAUUGCAAGGACCAGACUAAUGCACCAUGCUGAUGUGUCUAAUGCAUUGCUGGAUAUGUAUGCAAAAUGUGGGAGAGUAAAGAAGGCAUAUGAAGUGUUUGAGCGAAUGGCAGAGAGAGAUGUAGUUUCUUGGAACUGCAUGCUUCAAGGGCUAGCCAUACACGGGCAUGGAGAUGAAGCACUCAUGCUCUUCUACAGAAUGAAACAACAGGGUUUCAAGCCCGAUAAAUUCACUCUAGUAGCAGUUCUGUGUGCUUGUACUCACUCUGGCUUCAUCGACGAGGGCCUCAUGUACUUCCACAACAUGGAGAAAGAGUACAGGAUUGCUCCCGAAAUCGAGCAUUACGGUUGCGUGAUUGACUUGUUGGGCCGUGCUGGACGUCUCAACGAAGCAAUUAGGCUCGUGGAUUCCAUGCCGAUGGGACCGAAUGCUGUUAUCUGGGGUACCCUUCUGGGGGCCUGCAGAAUGCACAAUGCUGCUGAACUUGCUAAGCAGGUUCAAGAUCACAUGGCGAGAUUCGAGGAGGCAUCAGAGCACGGUACUUGUUCGGUGCUGUCGAAUAUUUAUGCUGCUGCCGGGGAUUGGGUCAAGGUUGCUAAUGUGAGGCUCCAAAUGAAGAGUGCUGGAAUCCAGAAGCCGUCUGGUGCCAGUUUCAUUGAGGUGGGUGAUAAAGUCCAUGAAUUCACUGUAUUGGAUAAGUCCCAUCCGGACUCUGGUGAAGUGUAUGAGAUGGUUGAUGGAUUGGUUCAGGAACUUAGAUUGUUUGGUGAUCCCUCAAAUGAUCACCACCACAUUUACUGA